GUGGUCCCCCAGUGAGUCUAAUAAUAUUAAAUGUAACUUUUCAGAGCACACCGGACAUGAAGCCAUUUGUGUGUGAAUUGUAUGUGCGAGCGAUUACUGCUGGCAUGAACGAGCUUGAGAGGCUCAAACUUAAGACUGAAAAGGAGGCGGAGGCGCGCGGCGCGGAGCAGACGCUGGCGGGUUGGUUCACGCAGCUGGGCGCGCUGCUGGCGCCCAGCGCCCGCCUGCGGGCUGAGUGCGCCCUCACCGCCUUCUCCGUGCACCCCUCGCCGCAGCUCUACGACCGCGUCAGCCGGGCCACGCCGCCCCCGCCGCCCGCCAGGGAUAUUCACGAAACGAAAAAUGAACCGACAUCUGAAUUCGGUAGUUGGGCUAGUGAUUCUCGUUCGCAAACGAACUUUGUGAAAACAUCAGAGACAUUGAAUCUGAAACACACGAAGAAUCAGGCCAAUGUUCUGUCUACCGCAAUAUUCAGUGAGGCCGAAGCCCUGGGGAUAAGUCCGGAGCUUUGCACUGAUAUUGCAGUACUGUUGUCUGGACCUAGACUGAAAACACUUUCAUGGGAUAUGGACAGGGAGAAAUUGUUAGAAAACUGUCGAGCGUACAUGGAGCGUACGAAGUUUGGUACCCGUGCGCUUACCACGGAACUGAAGUAUUUGAACCUGGACCCGAGCCAGUUCCAACAUCUGCCUGAGGAGGAGGACGACGACAAUGACAUGUACUAUGGGAUUGAGAAAGGCUACGAGCAUCUCGUAGAACAAUAUCAAGAACCAGAAGAAAUUUGGCAAGAUGCUGAGGACUUAGAAAAAACAGAGAGUGCGCGGUCUACUGAUGUUGAGGACAGCCCAAGACGAACCAAGAAAAUACAAAGAAAAACCAAAAAGCUCCUCUCUUCAGAGGACGAUUCCGACCCUCUCAGCAUUGUAGCUGAAGCCAAGAGAAUAGAAAAGAAGAAAGAACGACCCCACAGCAAAGAAAGAAGUAAAGAACGCAAACAAUCGAAAUCUAAAGCGAAACCCAAAGAUCCUUUAGAGGUAACGGAACCAGAAGCAAACCAAAGCACAGAAGUAAAGAAAGAGCUUAAAAAGAAAGAAAAACGAGAGAAGAAGAAGAAAGAAAAGGCGGCAAAGAUGCAGCAGGUUCCAGCGAAACCAUCUUCUUUGUCAAAUUUAAUUGGGAUGAAAGUGACUAAGAUUCCUGACCCGAAACCAGAGAUCGUGCGGCCUGCCAAGGUGCCCUCAGUCAGCGACAGUGACUACGACAGCCAAGGCAAGCACUCACUCCACUCGGGUAUCUCGGAAACCAACGAAACUGAUGUUCUCUUUGAUGGCCUAUUUUCUAUGGAUGAACUAAAAUCACCAGAUAAGAAUCAAGUCAAGAAAAUAGAACCACCAAUAAAUAAUGCAACGACUAUACCAACAGUUGGAAUCAAUCCGAAUACACCAACAAUCGACCCAGCUAAGACUAAGACCAAUGUCCAGGAAAAACCAAAAUCUAGAACCAGUUCUCCAAGUAGUUUGACUUCUACUUUCAGUCCAAGCAAUAUAUCUGUGAAGGAAAGUUUAAGUAAACUGCUACAUUACAGGCGGCAGAAGUCAUUACCUGAUAUGGAACCAAGACUCAACCUGCAACCUAAUGUAGUACAUACUUACUCAUAUACGAAAGAGACUGAUACACCAGUUAUAACUCCUUCGCCUCCGACGCCUGUGCCACUAUCACCAGCUCAUGUCUCUCCGAAACCUCAAAAUAUCCAAGACCCGCCAAAAAUCUUCAUUAAUCAGAACCAGUCGGCGCAACUAACAAAUCUGAAGAAUGAAGUUAACAACUUACUAAGUUCCAAAACUUUUGGAAUAGCAAGACCUGUUUUACCUUGCACUCCUAAGACAACUCAGUUAAAUAAUUCUCAGCCAAGUGGGAGUCGGUUCCCAAGCCCAAAUGUACAGAAAUUCCCUCCAGAUGCGCACAGGCCCACAAUAGACACAAAAGCUAUACGACCUCCUAUACAACAAAAACAAAAAAAUAAUCAAAAAAACUUUCACGUGUUUCUCAAAGAACUCCAGGAGUCUAUUAAUGCAGGAGCGGGCGUAGAUCCAAGUAAAUCCACUUCGUGCAAGAAAGACAUUAAACCAUUGAGCAGGGUCACUCCAGUACUGCCUGCUCACAAAUCAUCUCCCCAAAGUGCCAAACAAAUCCAAAAGAAAUCUGAUAACCUAUUAAACACGUUUUCGCGCCUCAGUUAUUUACAUAAAAAUAAAAUAGACUCAAAACUGAACGGUGUUAAUCCUGUCGUCGAAGCCCUAAUAGAAUAUCAGAGUAAAUCGCUUGAAAAUCGCUCGAAUGAUGCUGAAAUAAAUCGGAUUGUAAUUGAACAGAGAAAGGCGAAAGAAAAAUAUUUAUCACUAAAAAAUGAGUCGAGACACGAAAGACAAACAUAUCAGCAACAUGACAACAGUCUUAAUCUAGCAAGGAAGGUUGAUAAACCAAAGCAAAGUAUUUCGAAACUGAAUCCCUUGAUGGCGAAUAUACUGUCUAAUACUAAUACAAAGUCUAAACCUGAGGUUCAUAACAAAAAUAGUAAAUUGGAAUCUCAAUCGGAUCCCCCAACACCAAAUGUAAUGCCAGCCUUAACAGAAAAAGAUCAAGAAGAAUUAGUUCUUCUUUUGCGUCAGCAAUCCAAACUUAAUCAACAAAGGCCAUGUAUCAAAGAGAGAGUUCCUCCCCCACAGACAAUUACAUGCCCCACGCCAUCAAGCUAUUCUAAUCCCUGUACUAGUCAGUCGCCAUUAAAGAACAAGAUUUCAGAAACUCCUAAUAUUACUGUAAGCAAUGUUUCCAUCAAACAAGUUACUAAACCUAGUCCAAGUAUAAAGCCAUCAAACCUCAAUAAUUGUGAUCCUAAACCACAAACAAAACCUAUAAACAUGGUUAAGACUGAAUAUAACUUUCCUAAAACUGUAGACCCGAAGACACAUAAGAUUGAACUUUUUAGUAGCAAUGAGAGCAAAAGUAAGCACAAACCUGAAACAGCUAAACCUAAUGAGAGUAAAGAAACUGAUUGGGAGAAAGUUAUGGACGCCAUUUUGUCACAUAAGACCCCUAGCAGAGGGCCAAACGCUCUCGACAUGGCAUUGAACAAAGACACCUAUAAAAAGACAAUUUCAGAUAGUUUGCGAAAUCAAAGGAUAGUUAAGACAAACACACCUGGAGAGAGUAAAAUUAAAAUGAUAAAUGUGAUUUCUAAAGGUCAAGCAAAUUCGGUAGUAAAUGCUGAACCAAAAAAGAGCCCACCCCCGCCUACAUUGAGCCGAUCAAACUCGGAAACAGUUAUUAAAACCAAUAAAAGUAAAAAGAACCCGCCUAAAAAUGUUCAAAAGUCUUCUAUAAACACAAAUACUACAGAAGUCAGUUCCGAAAUCCGGAAACCGCAAAUUCAAAUUGAUAAAAAGUCAAUGCAUGCGGCAAAAGACGAAGCAGACGUGUAUAAGAAAUCGACCCAGUCCGAAAUGCCGAAACCUCAAAUUCUAACUGAUAAAAGGUCAAUGCAUUCGGCAAAAGACCAGGCGGACUUAUAUAAGAAAAUACCGUUAAAAAAUAAUGAGAAACCAUUUACUACUACAUAUUUUAAACAGGACGACCCUUUUAUCUCGGGUAUACCAAAUUCAGAUUAUGAUCUCCUUGAGGAAUUGAUGGACGAUGAUUUACGACAAGAAAUUGGCGAAUUAUCAUCAGAUGAGGAGAGUUAUGGAACUCCCAUGCAAGGCUUAAAAGAAAAGCCUUUCAAUAUGAGAAAUGUUUCCGUUCCCGUAGUGCGAGAAGAAAGGCGCUCUAAUUCAUCAGCGGUUAAUAAUGUCUCAGUGCAUAAGAAAACCGAUCCAAAAGAAUGUGAUAUCCCGAAGGCUGCCUUUGAUCCUCCCAAACUGCAUACUCCGGGAUUUAUCGACCCGAAAUGUGUGACGAAAAAUGUUAAUGUUCCAAAUGUUCCAUCAUUGACUGUUCCACAGCUACCCAAAAGUGGCAAUACUUCAACGAAAAAGAUUAAUAAACAAAGCCUUAAUAUCAAAACUGAUCAGUUACGAGCAAAAGAUCAGUCAAACACAUUUAUAGCUGGAGUACCGCGGCAGACUACUUUAAAAAACGUUGUUCUUAUCGGAUCAGACGUUGUGUAUCAACCUUGCACUAUUCAAAAUCCUAUCCGCACAGCUGCUCCAGCCCAUAAUACAUACGUAGCUAUUAAUAAUCAGUCAAAUAUGUCUAUUUAUCAGACUACUCAAUUUGCUGCUCCAGCGGUAAAUCCAGUUAUUAUAGGAAAUGCUACAGUGAAACUGCCGACGACGGUUAAUAAACCUGAUUGUAACCAGACUACCACUAAAAGAGAAGAAAUAAGAAAUGAAGUUCCAAACAAUACUGCUAAUGAUGCUAAAAACGAUAAGUCGGAACUUAAACCUAAUUCAGUAGACCAUGUGAAUGGUGACAUUACUUCUAAAAACGAUAAAGAAAAAGUUGAUAUUAAUUCUAAUAAGAAUAUUUCUGAAAGGAAAGUCCUGUCUGAGGUGCAGGAGAAACAGAAAGUAACCGAGAAAACAGAACAAAAGACCAGAAGUCAAUCAAAGGCGAAUUGCGGCAUGGUCAAUGAAGUAUUAAAAGACCAAGAAAGACUGCAAAAGAAACGCAUGUCUAUACUAAAUCGAAAUAUUACUCACCGAAGCGAUAAAAAAGCAAUUCCAUUGACGUAUGCUCCGAUUAUCGCAAUUAAAAUAGUACCAACUGUCACCCAAGAAAUAAAUAAUGAAAAGAAUAUUCCGACUGGCACUAAAAUUGACAAUACAAUUCAAGCUAUAAAACUAGGGGCUUUGGUGAACCUUAAAGUGCAAAACAUACAAAAUACGUUUGUACCUCAAGUGUUGAAAGUUGAAAAGCCUGUAAAUCUUAAUAAAAAAUGUAAAGAAAAUAAAGAUAAGACACCACGGCGUAUUGUAUUACGAUCGUCUUCUAACAACAAGGAAGUCAGCUUAGAUUCAAUUACUGCCAAGAAAGUAUCGGUGCCUAAGAAAUCUAAAGUUAGACUAAAACCUACUCCGUCUGUUAGUAAGAUUAUGGAGACAACUGGAGGAAUUACGAAUAAACUCAAAGCACCGAAGAAACCAGCCCCUAAAAAGACACUUAAUAAAACUAUUAAGAAAGCAGAAGUAAAGAAGAAAGCGGCUAAAGUCCAGCCUAAAAGAAACGCGAAGCUAAAACUUAGUAUUAAAACUAAACCUGAUUUGAUUCAGGAAGCAGAAAUACCAAACAAACGCGAUGUGAUGAUGGAUCUUGAGGAUCAAAUAGUAACUUCUAAAAUUCUUAAAGUAAUAUCCCCAGACCAGCCUGUGCCAUCCUUAGUUGAAAUUCCUAACGUGGAUGAAAUUUUGGAAAGCGUUGAAAGCGAUACUGUUGUUAAUAAUUGUACGAGCCCGAGUAUUCUGGACAAUGAGGACUCGCUAAGCCUGCUAUUACGGCCUCCGGCUGAUGGCACGGAGACAACUGAAGUUACUCCUGAGAAAAAUGUUGACGACAAUAAUGACACGGUAUUAAACAAAGAGGUCGCCGACCCUCUAGUGACGGACACUACGGAAGCUAAUUUAACCGAUGCAAACAUAAAACAAUUAAUAACAGAUCCUGACGUUGUUGAUGAAAUUGAAAGUUACGUGAAGAAAUUAGAAGAUAGCAUCAAAGAUACAGCAGACAAACAACACAUACGUUUAGCUUGUAAAGAAAUAAUGUAUAACACAGAGGAAUCUUGCACAAGUUCGCUUUCUGAACUUCCAACUAGAGUUGAAACUGAAACUCGUCCAGUGGAAGUACAAGUCACAAACAAAACAAGCGAUCCCGUAAAUGUUGACAACAAUAAAUUUAAGACUCAAAAAGUAAUGGAAGACAAUGUUGACGAUGUAAUUUGCAUUGAUGAAGAUGACGAUGAUGAACUGGCUUCAAAUAACAUUAAAGAAGCCGCCCAGACCAAGGGACCAAAUAAAAAUGGCGGUUCCAACGGCAUGGAGAAGAGGAAAUCUUCAAUAAACGAUGAUGUAUCACAAUCUUUUAUGGAUUCUAUUAUAAUCGAAGACUUACCUCAUUUAAAUACAGGUGAUCCUUUAAAGAAAGUCGUGCGGAUUAAGCUACCCUGCGGUAAAAUAUUUAAGGCGACGGUCCAUGGUCAAACAAAUCUUGACAUCAAUACGCUGUUUUCGGACCCGGCACUAAAACAAGUAUUAUUGAGCAACGUAUCUCACAGAAAGCGAUACACUUUGAAUAUAAAACAACUCUCGACAGCUUCCAAAAUCCAACCUGAUAUAGUGGUAGAUUCUAAAAUACAGGAAAUUAGCUUAGCGUCGUCUGAUCUACCUGCUAAUGUGGUUGAAACAAUAGAUUUGCUUAGUGACUCCGACGAAGAAACCCAAUCGAUACAAACGCAAUAUGGCAAGUACAAUGUAAAAAACAUAGAUAAAAACUUAUUGGAAAAGCAUCAAAAAGUUUUAGACAAAGUGUGUUCAGUAAAACUAACAAAAGAUAAUCUGUCUAGUCUUUCAAGCAGCCAGAGUGAUAUGACGAAAGAAAUUGUGCAGACAAAUACAGUUACAGAAGUUGUGGAUCCUCUUGCAGAAUCUGUUUAUGAAGACAUAAUUUUUUCACCUAUGUCUCAAUCUACACUGGAUAUCAUUCCACCUGCAUUUGAAGCUGAUACCUCACUUGCUGCUAUUGACGUGCAACCGAUGAGUGUGCCCGAAGUUCAAUCUGAUACAGAACCAGUUACGAAGCCUAAUCUGCCUUUGGUAUCUGAACCUGAUUUGCCACCAGCUACAAAACCAAAAAAUCGACCAAUAAUUCUCUCGAAUGUGUUAAUAUGUCCACCUGUAAAGCAAACGAUACAAAAACAGACUGUGACUAGAUCAGUAUCUAAGACAGAUAAACAGUCAUUGCUCCAACCUGUACCUGCGCUUAUUAGCGAAUCUGAAGUGCAACCAGUUCCUGUGGUCCGUAAGGUGCAACUAGGCUCCAAGCUGGAAUUGCGGUUAGGGUCACAAUCUUUACAACCAACAGUUCCAAUGGGCGAUGAGCUUGUCUCUCUCUCCAAGGCCGAAGAGCAGACAGCGUCAAAGUCUAAAGUGCACGGAUUCAAGCCCGGUGUUCUUUUGGGAUCGAAACCCGCGGAACGGACAGUGUCUGUUACUAAGCUUGAUGAUCAACUAAUGUCUAACCCCAAAGAACCACAAGUUAGUAAUCCAGGAACGCAAUCAGGCUCAAAUUCAGAUACCCUGCCAGUUACUAACAUGCACUUGUCCAGAUCUAAAAAUCACACUGGGUCCGGGCUCAAAGUACUACCGGUUUCUAAGCUUGAUAUGCAACCAGCUUCAAAAUCUGAAAUGUCACCAGUUAUUACAGCAGAUACGUCUGAGAAGCAAGCACCAGCGACUUCUAAACCUGUUUUAACAUUUGAAGGACGUUCAAUUUUGACAGUCGGCCCACAAUCUGAUUCUAAACCCAAAACACAAGUUUCUAAACCUGAAAGUAGACCAGGUCGUGUAAUUGACCUUCAGAAUACACUCGAGCCUGAUAUAAGAAAGACUGAGAAGACUGACCUGCGACGCGCAUCGAAUCCUGAAGUCAGACCACGACGUAUCCUGCAUCAUGCUUUGCGACCCAGUGUGAUUAUACGAAAUCAAAACAUUAGACUAAGAAAUCAAGCUAAUGUUGCACCUCCGACUGUGUUAAAAGAACCAAUAGAGAUAAUAGAGAUUGACGAUUCAUCCAGUGACGAGCAUGAAACUAUCACAGGGCUGAUGCCACCUAUAGAACGAACAGAGCCAAUAAACAAUACCUGUGAGGAAGACAAAUCAACCGAAAUUAAUGAUACCUCAAAACCAGUAGAAGAAAAGAUAAAUGAAUUUAGAAACCUAUUGUUUAAAGAACUAGGUUUAGAUUUGGCUGACAAUUCUACACCGCCAAACGAACCUAAUCUAGAAGAACCUGUUGAAACUCCAGCAAAUACAAACGACAUAUUCUUUUCGUUGUUUGACUCGCCUCAAGUUUUUGAAAGUGGGCCUUCAGAUAGCAAUAAAUCUUCUCCUAUUCAUUUACCUAAAACACGGGAAUGUUUUGUAAAGGUACCGAAGUGUGACGAUCUCAUAAGAAAAUACGAAAACCUGAAAUUAAUUAAAGAAUGUUUUAUUAAAUUAGUUCGCUGUGAUAAAGAUAUUGAAAAUAAAGAACCAUCCAAAGAAAUUGGGUAUGCUGAAAAUGACAUUAUUACAGACUAUCGUACUACUGAAGAGGCAGCGGACUCAACUAAUCUGAAGCGUUGUGAAUCGUUGUCUAUUCUUACCGAUUAUGACAUACUUGAUGCUCAACAAACCGCUAAUCAAAUUACUCAAGAACAUUCGCCAGUUAUGGCAGCAUAUGACACAAUUGCCGCUUUGUACGAUAGUGAUCAUAGAAAAUCUGAAAAAGCUGAGAUCUAUGAAAGAUCGACAUGUGACGCUGAAUGGUUUUUAACAAAGAAGAGUUACUGGCACAUGAACCAAAAUCUAAGUAAUGUUGAUGAAAAAUCGAAUGUCCACAUUGAUUCUAACAAUGCUACAACAAUUAUAGAGAGUGUAAUGACCCUAAAGUCCUUGGUGUUAAACCUUUUCCAAAACGACCUUAUUCUAAAUCGAAUUACAGCUGCCAGACAGGACAUUAAACCACAUCGUAAAAGUUCGGCAUCAAACCUCAAAAGAAAAUCUCUAGAAAUUAUACAGACUAACAACAAAAUAUCAAAAUAUAGCAACACCUCAAGAAUUUCAAUAAAUUCUAAGAAACAAGUGUUAGAUGAAGAAAUCAAUGUCAAGGAUACUGAACUCGUUUUUAAUGAAGAUAUUGAUUGCGAGACAGAGAAUCAAACUAACUACAGUCCUCUUAUAAUGGAAGCAUCAGAACAUAAGUUGGAUAAAAGAGAAACAGCUAAUGAAACAAAUAAAGAUUCGUCGUGCGCAAGCUCCAAGAUGCUGGAUGAAUUACAAGAACAAACCAUAGAAGUGGGCUCUUCAACUACCUAUGCAGAAAGUUUUAGUGAAGACACUGCCAGUAUUUCUAUAUUGCACGAUGAACUACAGUCUGAAUUUUAUAUUGAUAAUCAUAAGGAACAGUUUCAAUUUUGUGAUAGUUAUUCAGAACUUAAAGAGGCUAGUACUAUAACUGAAACUAAAGACAAAUAUGAAGUUGUUAAUGAUAAGACAAUGACAAGUGAAACCACGCAUGAGUUGUUUUCAGAAUGUAACAAAACGGAAGAUGUUUCUCAAAGCAAGGAAAUAAGCUGUAAAGACACUGACAUUAUGUUCAGUAAAAUAAUUUCUAUUUCUGACGACACUCCUGAACUGCAUAAUGAAACUAUCUCAGAUUCUGAAAAGAUCACUGUCAACUGUGACGAAAAUGACGAAGAAGACCCGAAAUCAGGAAAUAGUUUAAUGGAAGAUAAGUCCAAAAAUCACUUAGAAGGGACACCAAAUGAUGAGUCAAUUUUAUCGUCCAAAGACCCUGAAAUAAAUUCACAAUCAGUUGCAUCCAUGAAUGAAAAAGGUAGUGUUAUCAAUAAUUUUGCAGAGACAGAUAUGAAGAAUGAUGACAAUAAAAGUUUAGUAGAUCAUGCUAUGACUACUCAAACCCUUUACAAGCAAUCUGAUAUAGUAUUAGACCCACAUCAAGCAGUCAGUGAAAAGAUAACAGAAAAUGCCAUGCAAGAGAUUGAAAUCGGAAACGAUGCUUCCGAGCAAAGAGCUACGGAAUACCCUGAAAUUAGUUUUGCAAAAUCGAAAGACAUUCAAGUCGAUGACAAAGCUUCCGAGCCAUACGAAAUUGAAACUAUUAUCGAAAGUGUCGUUACAAAUUCACUAGAGACUAUAAACGAAUUUGAAGCUCCACAGAAAACAGCAUUAGCAAAUAAGACCCGCGCUGACGAGACCAUAGUGGAGCAACUUGAAUCGAUAUCAGGAGGUGUCUGUGAAGAUAAAAGAACAGAAAAAGUAGAUACCAACGACACACCAACACACGAUCAUACAGAAAGCGAGGACAAAGUUAACACAACAAGAUCACAACCGAAUGUGGAAAAUAUUGCAGAAGAUAUCGAUGCAAAAUUAAAAGAAGUGGAAAGAAACCUGCGAAGCAUUUUCGAAUAUGCAGAUGAUGAAGUUGAAGAGGAAGUUAGUAGGCCGACCCAAGCAUCAGAAUCAAAUAGUUUGGAAGACGAGAAUUUAACGCUAAUGCAAAUAGAGACGACGCUGCAAAAGAUUUGUGGAGAUAUGGAUACAAAGGAUGUAAACACAGAAAUCGAAGAAAAAAGGAACAUUUUAGCCUUAGAAGAAUCCCAAGAAACCCGGGAAGACAAUUUAAUGAAAAUACGAUCAUAUCUGCGAAAUAUUUUCGAAGGUACUGAACCGGAAGGGACAAGAACCCCAGUUAGGGAUCAUUCUUAUGGUUCGCCAGGCGCUCCUAAUGUUACACCAGAAAAAACAGACACUACUGAUGUUCUACAAAGUAACCAGCUUCAAGUUUUGGAAAUUGGCGCAGAACCUAACGAAUUACCAACUGAAGAAAAAAUAAUCAAUGCGUACCCUUCCAUUGAUGAUGAUGAUGAUGAUGAAGUCGUCACAGUACUUAAAGUAAUAGAUUCUGACAAUAGUGAAAAUGAUUGUCUUGCAUCAGAAACAGAUGCAACCCAAAAAGAAAAUAAAGUACUUAAUGAAAUAGGAUUAAAUGAUGAAUGUUACCAAAAGGAAAACUUAGAUGAAGAUGCUUUGAAUCACAACCAAGUAUGUCAUAUUGUUUUGGUUGACGACAACAAUUGCUUGAUAGAAGAAAUCGUUGAUAUGCAUAAUGAAGAAAUCCUCGAUGAUGACAUUGCACAGACAGUUAUCGCAAAUGCAUCAAAUCAAUUGAAUAAAUCUACAAAUGGAGACCCUGCAGACUUAAGCAAAUUAGAAAGCCAAGAAGUGGCUCCUAUUCAAAACAAAGAUAAGACAGUGAAAACGCUCGAUAACACCCCGAGUUCACUAUCGAACCUCAUGAUGAAUUAUGAGGAUAGCAAUAAACAUCAUAGUGUAUUGAUAACUCAACAAAUUGGCUUACAUGGUCAAAUUGAAGAAAUAGACAUCAAAUUAAAUGUUCCUAUGGUAUCGUACUCCAAGAAAUAUCCAAAUGGCCUACAUUUUGAUUACGUUUUUAAUGGGAAUAAAACGAAGAGCUUGAAGCGUAAGGCUGAGAUGAAUGAUGUGAAGCUGUAUGAGAAAAAGUAUAGAAAAGGAAAAAAUAUAGACUACCCGAAAAUCACCAUCACAACAAUGGGUGACUCUGCGUACAGCAAGGAGUUCAAGCGACUUCUGGAUUACUGCAGCUCCGUAAAAUUUUCUUAUUCACGACCUUUUCAUAAAGAACAUAUAGAUGUGCAUCAGCUACUAAAAGCAUGGCCUAUUGGAGGUAUUUGUAAAAUAGAACAAUCUGAGACUGAAGCGGAUGGGAAAUUAUUUACUGAUAUAGAGAUGGCUGAUAAAUCACUUGAUCCAAGGACACUGACGUUAGCCGAAGAAAUUAACACUGAAUAUGACGAAUCAAACUACAAAACUUGCGACACAAAUGAAACUAAUUUCCAUAUGGGUUUUGGUGAGGGGUCCGGCAGAGUCAUACAAAAUUUGGAAGACGGAUGUGGUACAAAAUUUUCGGCUGCGACUCUGUCGGACGUAAAACAAACUCAGCCGCUUUUACUGUCCGAAGGUUAUGGUAACAAUAUACUUGUGCGUAAACCUAUUCAUGCUACAAUAUGUAACGAAAUACACAAGAUGCAAAGCAACAUUAGAUGCAUUGUACUAAAGAAUAAAGUCCGAUCUUUCUUUGAGCAGACAAUGGCAGAAUUGAGUAAUGGUUUGAUAAAACAACAACAUAAAAAAGACAUGUCGCAUUCCAAUGGGUUGCUUGACUACUCAAAAUUCCCAUUUGGUCUUACAGAUCCAGAUUUUAUAGAUCCUGAGCCAUUCGAAGCCGUUGUUCAGGUUGUACAAGUGGGACAAUUACCUGUCAGCGCUUCCGCUCAGAACCCAGUGACUUGUGAUCCUCGAGUCACGCAGGUAUCGAACGUCAGUCCAUCCCAAUGUUCCGCUGAGAAUAGUCCUGGCGACGACCAAUCAGUUAUAAAAACAGAAUAUACAGAACUAACAACUGCUGAUUUGAGCAUGCCUUUGGCUCAAGAAUACGUCCAACAUAUCCAGUCUAUGCCGGUACCAUCACAUGAUGAAAUGAACUAUCCAAUGGCUAGUAAUUUCACUGUUGACGUAGACAUAAAACCAGAAAUUAAAAUAGAAAUGGAAGAAACACCUGAAAUCAAGGAAGAGGUAAAUGAUAAUUAUGAAAACAAUGAGUUUCCACAGAUGUUUGAAAAGAAUAUGAUGAACAACGUUGAUUACUCUUAUGAAGCUAACCAUACUCAAUUACCACCAUUGGAGCCUAAUCCUAAUAUGAGUAUGAUGUAUAAUUAUACUGAUAAGCAGGCGCCACCACCUGUGCAUGAAGAAUAUACUCAUCUCAAGCAGCACGAACACAUGCAUAUGCAUCAACCAGAACACGAGCAGCAAUACCAACAACUCCAACCAGAUCUCGAGCAAUAUCAACAGUUGCAGCCAGAGCACGAGCAAUAUCAACAUCAGGAUCAGUACCAGCAUCAACAAAAACUGAUUCACGAACAAUACGAACAAGGACAGCAACAUCUUCAACAACAACAACAACAACACGAAUAUGAGCAACGACAGUUAGAACUACGUCAGCUGCAAUUUGAACAAGAGCAACAGAAACUGCAGCAGAUGCAGGAACACCAACUGAAACAACAACAAGAAGAGGAACAGAGGCAACAACAACAACGUUUACUUGAGUUGAAGGAACAAGAGGAGAUUAAACAGCAACAACAUUUACAAGAGCUGAAACUGCAACAAGAAGAACUGCAACACCAACAACAUUUACAAGAUCUUAAACUGGCGCAGGAAAAACAACAACAGCAGCAACAAUUGCAAGAACUAAAACAACAGCAGCAAUUACAAAAACAACAAGAACUGAAGCAGCAAAAAGAGAAACAAAAAGAACUUAAACAACAGCUGCAGAAACAGGAGCAAAAACAAAAGCAACAAAAACAACAAGAGCUCAAAUUACAGCAGCAACAGCAAAAAGAAUUAAAACAACAACAAUUGAAGUUACAAAAACAACAACAACAGGAAAUGAAACAACAACAACUAAAGCAACAAAAACAAGAGUUACAGCAAAAACAACAAAUGCAACAACAAGAGUUGCAGCAAAAACAUCAAUUGCAGCAACAGCAACAACAAUUGGAGCAACAACAAUUGCAACAACAACAGCAACAAUUACAGCUACAACAACAGCAGCAACAACUGCAGCAGCAACAACAACAGCUCCAGCAACAACAACAUCAGCAGCUCCAACAAAACGGUUCACAAGAAAAAACUGACCAAAUUGCCCAUGCAAUGAAUGCAGCGGGAAUUACUGCAACCUCAGAGCCCGUUUCAAAUAACAGAGCACAAGCUAUUGUAAACAUGUUCUCUCAAAAAUUAAGGCAAGGCAACGUUACCGCAAAUCAAACGCCAAAUAAUUUUCAGAAAACUACAUCGAUAAAUGCUAUGGCGUUACAGCAAGCGUUAGCCCAGAUUCUUCCGCCACCGUUGAAUCAAACAAAUAACGCAGAAACCAAUCAGCAACCCUCGACACCACAAGUUUUACACAUAGUACAAGGAAAGAGUGCCUCAGGCAAUCAUCAGCAAAUAACUCUUGUUGAUAAUACCCAGCAGUCUGUUAUAAACAACGCAAAUAAUACUCCAGUCUUGCACAUUGUUCAGAAUAAAACUGUACCUCCUGGCCCUACGUCGAAUGGAACACCGGUUUCACAAACAAAUUCUUUCAGUGGCCUCUCCUUAGUAGAUGCGGGUUUGCAACAAGGCAAUCAACUUCUCCAUAUUGUGAACGCUGGAAACCAAAAGAAUGCAAACACCGGACAACUACUGAAGAGAGUAAAUCUUCUAACCAAUCUAACAAAUGUCCAAGGAGGAAAUGAACAGAAAAUGGUGCAAUUUGUUUGCAAAUCUGCUGACGGAAAAGCUAUACAAUUAAAUGGACCUCACCAACGGAGUAUGGUACUCCGACUACAGCCUGUUGAGGCUCCAAAUCUACAACAAGCUCAGCCUAAACAAAUAGAGACACAAGAUCUCAGUCCAACCCAAAACGCUGCCAAAGACGCUGAAAUAAAAUCCCGUUCUAUUUACGAAGAAAAUUAUGCAAAAUUUAUACAAAGCUCAUCACCCAAAACGAAUUCACCAGAAAAGGGGACGAGUUUACCUAAAUUUAAUCAAGCCUUUGGGAAACAGGUUUACCAAGAUGGUGGACAGAAAAACGACAUGAGUAAUGGGAAUGACAUGCCACCUGAGGAAAACCCUGAUUGUCAAGCAAAUGAUAAUGCUAUUAAUUUAGAUCAUAUAAGCCAGAUCGGAAGUCCACCGCUAUUAUUGAGAAAGCCUUCUACUUCGCAAGCUCAGCCAAAUUUGGUUCAGCAAAUAAAACAAACUAUAUCGCCAAUGAAUAUCCACGGCGGUGUGAUUUAUACUCGACAAAUACCAGUUAACCUCUCUGGAGGACAAACUAUUAAUUUGAUUACUGUACCCAGCUCAGACCUAAUAGACGAAUCGAAUCAAAAACAACAGAAUGAGAUAGAACCAUCGAUAAUAAAGAUUGUUCCUCAAACACAAACUCACGCCAAUACAGAGAAUAAUGAGGAUAAUAACCAGCUCAUUGGGGCCACAAAUGAAAACUCACACCCCACCCAGCAACAGCCAGUUUUGACGCAAAUGCGAAUAAAACUGCCAAUGUUAAGUAAAGGACCACAGGUAGUAUCUGGAGGCAGAGUUGUGAGGCCAUCAUUCUUCCAAAUACAAAGAAAUGUCAUCUCUGGGACCAAUCAGCCUGUGUAUCAACAGUUAGUCCUUACAGCAGCUCCUCAGCUUGGGCAACAAACCGUGAGGGUACCGCAAACGUCCCAACCAGCUACGCAGCAAACUACCCAGCAAACCAGCCACCAAAAUAGCCAGCAAACCAACCAUCAAACCAAUCUUCAAGCCAAUCUUCAAACCAACCUUCAAACCAACCUUCAAAACAACCUUCAAAAUAACCUUCAAACUAGCCAUCAAACCAAUCUACAAACCAAUCAUCAAACCAACCACCAAACCAAUCACCAAACUACCCUACAAACUCCCCAACAAACUACCCAACAGCCUACCCAGCAGGUCACUCAGCAGGCUACCCAACAACCUCCCCAACAGACUACCCAACAACCUACCCAGCAAACUAGCAAACCAGUCAAAACUGCAAGUGCUCCAAGUGCAAGUGAAAGUCAAUCAUCAACCGAGUCCAUGAGUUCAUCGACAUUGGAACAACUUAGAGAGUUUGAUUUAGUCUUGGAACAAGUCAAAGAAAGGAGCACGGUGCAACCGAAAUCGAAAAAGGGUUCGAAAAAGUCAAAAGACAAAACUGACUCAACAGCCUCUACUAGCUCAGGUUCGGGAGAGACGUCUCGAGCCCAACCACAUAAGCAACACCAAGUUCUAUACUCUAUUGGGAACACACAGCCUUUGAAUGUUUCGUAUGUGAACAAAAAGUCAACAACACCAGGUCCAUCUUCAUCGUCAACACCAUCGACUUCGUCAUUCGCUCGGUCACCAGACUCUUCGGGUAUCGUUGACUCGUCACCCUCGUCGUCAUCACAUAGCCAGAUUCCUCACACGGUUACCAGCGAACCGUCGACGUCUGAUGCUCCGACUACAUCUAAGUCUAAAUCCAGUUCAAAAUCUAAAUCAAGGCCAAAAGCGUCAUCUAAUCCUCCGAAUACGCUAAAACUUAACACUACGCCUCCAAAACCAUCCACUCAAAAACCGGCUGAAGAUGAACAAACCACUCAGAGAAUUCUUUACAUCUUAGCCGAAUAUAAAGAACAGGUGGAAAAUUCUCCUGACAAAGAUAAACCAGCACCGCGACGAAGAAACAAUCCACCUUCAAAUCCAGGGUCAUCGAAACGCAAGAAGAGCUCCAGUUAUCGGCGCCGAGAUUUGAGUCCUGCCGACGACUCCUGCAGAACACUGGGGUCGGAGGACAGUAGCUGCGGUACAUCACAAGGAGAUUGCAACGAUAGCUGCAUUGAUAGCCAUUCCCCACAAGACAGUCCACGUAAAGUGGUACGCAAACUAACUUUUGAACAGGAAACACCGACUACACCCCAACCUAGACCACAGCCACAACGAAACGUCAUCGUUGCUGAUGGUCAAACGAUCACCGUGGCUCGAGGCACGGCUGGCAAACCAUCCACAGCCGCCGUGCUCAUGCCCGCCAACUACAUCCUACCAGUUUCUAUGAUCAAAGGUGGCCAGCAAAUUGCAAUAGUGACAAACAGAGGCCCGAAGCUACUGACAGUGGGCGGUGGAGAAGGUGGGGGAAAUGCACUGCUACUACAGCGUCUCAUCGGUCCUGCUGGACUGAAGCCAGUUUUAGCGCGUCCUGGGGUGCGACAUGUCCGCUUACCAACCGCGGCUCUUCACAACCUUCAAGCGUUUAACUUGGCUACUGCAACUACUGUACAGCCGCCAGAUAGCACCGCUUCUCCCGCUCCUGCUCCAGCCCCGCCCGAGUUGAUUGAGACAAGAGCCAACAGUUCCCCGUGGAGAGAUCGUGAUGCACAGGAGGUGAAACCUGAACGAGGAUCCAGCCCUGACGGAGGAGAGCCAUGGCAUCUCCCGGCCACAGCAAACCCUCACGACUACAGCUACGAGGAGGUGGUUCGAACAGACAAUAUGGAGCGCACUGUCCUUGUUGUACAGAAGAAGGAUGGAUCACAGCAAAGACAACACCGUUUGAGUCACGUGUCCGCUGCAGCUUUACGACACAAAUAUGCUGUUUUGGAACAUGAACUAAGAUUACAGGAUUUUCUUUCUCAGAAAUCGUUGUCGGAGGAGUGUGAGGAUCUUGGCGUGGACUCUCCGUCCGCUUCCGAGUUAUUCCCUGAAGCCGAGCUGUUAUUCGCCGCUUCACCUGCCCAUGAUCAUACACAGGAUCAUGGCCACCAUUCGCAUACUCCACAACCAAUGAUGCAUCAUACCAUACCACAACCGGAUUUGGACGACCAGAUUGCUACCGACCAGUUGUUGCCUAGGACAAACAUGCAUGAUGAUCAGAAUGACCUAGGUUUAGGUCUAGAAGAUGUGGGCAUAGUCACAGUGAGUGAGGAUGGCAUGCAAGCGACCAUAGCUUUGGAUCAGGAGGAGUUUGCCCGGUCUCAUCCUAAUACGACCUUCCAUAGUGAGCCUACUGAUGAGGGAGAGGUGCAGCCAUUCUCAUUAAGUGGCCUAAAAGGCCGUCACAUAACAUCGACGAUAUUCCAUGCGAACCGGGCCCCCGGCACCGUACUGAUGACGGCGCCGCAGACCACCGUCAUCUCACAAGCCACCGCCGAAAGUAGCGGCCCACACAACACUGUCAAGUACUCAGAUAUAGACAACAUGAUCAACUCUUUGCCCGGACCACACACACAUAACAACAUCAACCUGUCCUCAGUGCUCGUCAAGGACGACGGACUCACAAGGUUUGACAGCAUACUCAAUGAUAAUAGAGAAUUACACCUCUCCAACACAGCGUCCGCCAUUGUCCACGCCACAGGCAACAACACCACACAAGUCAUCAGGCGAGUCUGCUACGGAAACAAGAGAGAACAAACCUCAAGGUUCCUCAUCGAUGAAAACGAAGGCCUCUUGCAUAACCACCACACCAAAAUGAUGACUGACGACUCGAGAGAUUUCGGAGACGUCGAAGAUGAGGAAUCUUCCCCCGAGCGUACUGAACUGUUCUGGGAGUCGAACUCUGCUUCAGAACGUGAGACUAGACGUCCACUAGACUUCAGCAGUGACAGCGACAAAUGUUGCAAGAGCCCAUCCUUCGAAGAAAACAAUUCUACGGAUUCUAGCGGGAUUGGUGCUCAUAUGAGAUUAGACUCUGUUAUAAAGGAGGCGAGGGGCAUUGAGAGACGUUGUAGUGCCGACGGGUCGUCGGCCGACGACACUCACGCCCCGCCGCUUCGUACGUACCCACCCAAGCGCAUGUACCAUCACGCGCUAGAUGCUGGCGCAGCGCGGAGCCUGUCCGGGAAGACUCGGGCGGGCGAGCGCUCGCCUGAUAUGCAUAUGGAGCGACACGACAGACACGAGAGACACGACCGGCACGAUAGGCACGACCGACACGACAGGCACGACAGCGCUGAGGGCAGGCGGCGCGCGUCCGGCCGCGGCGUGGUGAAGCGCGGCUGCCACUGCUGCAACGGCGAGCCAGCCCCGCCUCGUCCCAAGAAACCCCGCCAGAGGAAACCCAACAUAGACUUUACUACAACCAACUGACAUAAGACACAUUGUGAUUACCGAUUUCUACAUUAAGGCUGUGGCAUUAUUAUUAUUAUACUCCGUCUGCCACGCCAGACUGAAACGCGAUCUCUUUACUGACGAGGUUUCACUUUUUUAGGUGUAUUAUAAAAAAAAAAAUGUUGUUGAAAUUGUUUUGUAUAUAAUUUUAUAAGUAAAUAACCGGUAGCUAAGUUCACUGCAGUUUCGAUGCGCGCGAUUAUAUAUUUCUUUUUUGUUAAAGUUGAUCGAAUAAUUCUUCGUGAGUUCCUUAACGUGUUAUUAUUUUCUAAGUAUGUCACCGAUAAGUUCAAAUUCGUUUUUAUUUGUAGUUCGAAACUUGAAUUUCUUGUAGCGUUGUUUUUUAUUUCUUGUAAUAUAUUAUCCAUAAACAUAUUUUGUAUCGAUAUAUGUAAUUGUAUAAAAAUGUAUUUCUAUAGGUUACCUCUACUAGACGUAAGUGUUUCCGUUAGUGAUUACAGGCCAUACUCAAAUAUGAAUUUAAUCGUCUUUUAGCGGUGUAGUUGUAUUAAUUUAUAACAUUUAUAAAAUAGCCCUUCAUAACGAUGCUAGACUGAUGUUGAGGUAAUGAUUCGUUUUAUUAUAGCGUUGUCACGUUUGAUUCGAGCCAAUAUGUAUGUAUAUUUAUUUACAUAGUGUAGUAUAUGCGCAUAGUUUAGUUGUAAGCUACUUCCAUGUGACACAGCACAAAGUGAACUAUUCAUAAACACGAUGGGAGCUUUAACUUGGUGAUUUGAAUUAUUUUUGAGAUUUUGUUUAUCAUAAUAUUUCGGUGCCAAUAGUUUAUGUGGCGCCCUCUACUCACCUGCGCUUUACAUUACGUUUCCAAAGGGCGUUAUUAUCGCUGUAUUUAAUAAAUAAAUAUAUAAACAUUUAAUAGUAGCAAUGUGUUAAGCUAGUGUGAAUUUGAUAUCCAUAGUGUAAAACAUGUAAAUAAAUUUUUGAUCCCCAAUUUUUGUUUAGGGGACCGUCUAGUCACUAUAGUACCGAUAUAAUGUAGCGUUAUACGUAUUACUCAGUCCAGCCGAGCACAGGCCCUGCUCGCUGGCUCACCGGGCCGGCUCUAAGCCGAUGAUUCAUUUUCCUUACAGUAUUCUACCGCUUGUGUAUAUAAAAGCCGUAAUAGUAAAGACGAAAAUAAUGGUUUAUUUGUUACUUAUUACAAGAAUAAAGUGUGAAAAAGUAAAAAAAAAGAAACACUAAAUUCUCGACGUCUAGAAUCAAAGUUCAUUCCGAAUUUGUAAAUAGUGGAAUGGGGGGGUGUUUAAAUUUUAGUGAAUUUAGUGAGUUUCGACCUAUUUUGGGUCGUAUAGUGAAAAUUGUAAUGGGGUAAUUAUGUGCACUCGAUGGGUGGUUUUAUGGAGCCCAUAGUUCAACUUAAUUAGUCGUAAGCUCGUGUUUGUGUGUGACGGCUAGUAGUUUGCCGGGACGCGUCCGUUGCGCGGCGCGGUCGGCUCGCGUCUGACAGCCACCUCCGCUAAAAACACUAAAAUUACCACAUCCAAUAUUACGACUAACUUUAAUAAUUAUUCUGAGAGUUUUUGAAACCUACAUAUUAUUUCGUUUUGGAAGAAAAAAAAUCUGCCAUUUCUUAAAAGUAAGGUUCGAAAUUUUUAUAUAUUCCAGCAUGUUGUUAUUGUUCUUGUGACUAAUAAUAUUGUAGGUAGCGUCGUACCUCCGAUAUUAUAGUUUGAACGAAAAAAUACAGUAUUGCAGAAGCGUUUUUGUUAUAUUUUUCACUUAGAAGUUUAAAUUUAUUAGCUGUAAAGGGAAACUAUUAAUUAAAGUUUAGGGAGU